GCCUCAGGCUCGGUUCCGAACCAGUAAACGUUAAACAAUAACCAGAACCAUCUCUCCCUCUCUCAGCAUCAAAGAAAGCUCUCAAGAAAAUAAAGAUUUCACCUUUAAUUGCAGAAAAAGAUUGGGUUUUUAAUGGAGGUUAGGGGGAGACAUGAAAUCGAUUUAGCUUCAAGAAAAGCUGAAGAAGCAGCGCUGAGGAGAUUUCAAGCAAUCCAUUGGCUUGAAUAUUUAGAAGGGCCCUUAGGGGUAUCGAGCCAGGCGUCUGAGAGAGAGUUUCUUGCUUGCUUGAGAAAUGGAUUGAUACUUUGCAAUGUGAUGAACAAGGUCCAGCCCGGAUCAGUCCCAAAGGUUGUAGAUAAUCACUUGCCUUCACAAUCAGUCAUUUGGGAUUCUCAGCCUCUACCAGCAUACCAGUAUUUUGAGAACAUUCGAAACUUUUUGGUAGCUGUCCAGAAUUUGAGAUUGCCCGCUUUCGAGGCAUCUGUUUUUGAUAAGGAUAACAUAGAGGCAGGAUCAUCAACAAAAGUAGUAGACUGCAUUUUAGCACUGAAAGCAUAUGAUGAAUGGAAGCAAAUGACAGGAGGCAAUGGAGUUUAUAAGCCUCCUAGGUCUCCACUGACAGUUAGUUCUGUUGGGAGGAUCAAUGGCCGGAAUCAGGUUACAACAGCUCCUGAAAGCAGGAGGCGUCUAGACAUGUCGGAUGGGUUCUCCCAGAAAUCGGCCGAAACUGAUGUGCAAAAGCUUGAAGGUUCAUUAGUUAAGUCCCUUGCUGAACGGAUGGUUGAUAUGAAAGAGAACAUAAACGGCGACAUUUUCAAUUCGUAUCGAAGUGACAACAAGAAUCCCACUGAAUUGUUGAGCAGGAUAUUGUCUUGUUGCACUGAUGAACCACUCCCAUGCAAAAUUUCAAAUGAUCAGUUGCAUUCAAUUAUGCCAAGCUGUCCCAAGGAGACAAGAAAGUCACCAGUGCCCUCAACAUCUACCCCCCUUCAGAACUUAACCAACUCUGGUCAUCAAAAGGGCUGCAGUGCUUGUUCAACAAAAGGGACGUGUAACCACUUGAACCGAAUCAAGACACAUGAAAAAGAGCUUCGGAACCUCAAGGUGUUAUUAUCAAGUACAAAGAGGGAGCUUCAAGACCUGCAAUUUCAGUUACAAGGUGAUCUGAAGUUGCUCGGAGAUCAGGUCCAGAUGAUGUCUGCUUCUGCUCUUGGAUACCAAAAGGUGGUAAAAGAGAACAGGAAUUUAUAUAACUUGGUUCAAGAUCUCAAGGGGAGUAUUCGAGUGUACUGCAGAAUUAGGCCUGCAGCUUCAGCAGCAAGAAGCGUGAUAGAUUCAAUCGGAGAAGAUGGUUCUCUAGUGGUGGUUGAUCCAAUGAAACCACAUAAAGACGGAAGGAAGAGGUUUCAGUUCAAUCGCGUAUUCGGACCAACUGCUACUCAAGAAGAGGUUUUUACAGACACUAAGCCCCUUGUUAGAUCUGUGAUGGAUGGAUAUAAUGUCUGUAUUUUUGCCUAUGGCCAAACUGGAUCUGGGAAAACCUAUACAAUGGUAAGUUUUUCUUUUCUUUUCAAUAUUUGGUUCUUGAAGGAGCAAAAAAAUAAAAAUCCUUUUUUUUCAAAUACAACUGAUGUUUUGGUUCAUUCACAGUCUGGGCCUUCACUUGGAUCAAAAAAGGAGCUUGGAAUCAACCAGCUAGCACUCAAUGAUCUUUUCCAACUCUCAUAUCAAAGGAAGGAAACCAUGAGAUAUGCCAUUUCUGUGCAAAUGGUGGAGAUAUAUAACGAGCAAAUCCGCGAUCUUCUUGCUGGAGAUCUGUCAUCUGCAACAAAAUAUCCUUUCAUUCUUCUUUUUGACAAGUUCAUAUAUAGUUUAACAAAAAAAGAAACCCAUUCCAGCAGCUUUUUGGAAUCCCCUUAACUCAGGCAUUAAAUUAGAGGUUCGUACGUGCGCAAGUGACAGCGGAUUAGUCCUUCCGGAUGCCACUGUCCUCCCAGUAGAGUCUAGUUUGGACGUUCUUAAUCUGAUGCUCUCUGGCGAGGCAAACCGUUCUGUUUGCUCUACUGCCAUGAACAACCAAAGCAGCCGCUCACACAGUGUGCUGAUUGUGCACGUGAAUGGUGAAGACGCGUUCGGAAACAAAGUCCAGAGCUGUCUCAACUUGGUGGACCUGGCAGGGAGCGAGCGAGUGGACAGGUCAGAAGUCACAGGAGAUGGGCUGAAGGAAGCACAGCACAUCAACAAGUCUCUGUCAUGUCUGGGAGAUGUCAUUACAGCUCUGGCGGAGAAGAAGCCCCACGUCCCAUACAGAAACAGCAAGCUCACACUUGUGUUGCAGAAGUCUUUAGGUGGGAGUGCAAAAACUCUCAUGUUUGCCCAUGUGAGCCCAGAGGAGGACUCCUUCGGCGAGACUCUCAGUACUCUCAAGUUUGCCCAGAGGGCCUCCACUGUUGAGCUUGGCGCAGCCCGUUCUAAUAGAGAUAGCAGUGAGGUUUUAGAGCUGAAAGCACAGGUAUAAUACAUCCAUAUAUAUAAGAUGCAAAUUUUUAGUGUUGAUCUUGUGUGGGGGGCUAAUGAGAUGUCCACAUGGUGUGAUAGGUUGAGAGCUUGAAAAAAGCAUUGGCAAACAGAGAAGCUUCUUCACAAAUCAUAAAACCUAAGGACGAAGGCAUGAUGACGCCUAGUGAGAAACCAAAGGCGAUUCCACAGACCCCAUGCCUCACCAGAGGAAGAAGGCUAAGUCUUGAAGGGCAGUGCUCCUCCAAUAAGGACGAUCAUCGUUUUCGUCGUCCUAGAACUCCUCCACCACCCCCAAGGAUGACCAAAAGCCAAGUCUUUGCUGUCCCUCCCCAGAGUCCUACAGAGUCUGCUGCGAAGUGUAGAGUGGAGAAGGACGCGAAGGCCAAAACACCUGAACCUGCAGCAGUGGUCAGUUCUUCUACUACUCCUCAUAGAAGAAAUGAGCUUCAAACGCCAACGGGUAAAGCUUCUCAAAUAAGAAAAUCUCUGCGUACCAUAGGAAAGUUGAUCAAUGGAUCUGAUAAUGGAAAGAAAAAGAAGGAAGAGGCAAAGUCGCCAAUUGCAUCAUCUAAUGGAAGAACAUUAAGAAGGCAAUCACUUACAGGCAUCUUACCACCACCACCACCUGAGAAUUCCAGGAGAUCUUCACUCGGCUGGAGAUAGCCUCUUAAUGAGCUGUAU